CAUUUUGGCUGAAGGGGGCUUUCAAUCACCACGUGAGAGAGGAGAGAGAGGGUGAUAGAGAGCCCGAGAAGAGAGACGAGAAUCGGAGAAAGGGAGGAGAGAGAAGAGAGAUUAACAUAAUUCUCCUUCACAUGUGCUGAGAGCGAGGAAAUAUUUCAUCCCGAACAAUGCCGACAGUCACGCUGCCGCCAAAGGAGAACGCUCUCUUUAAGAGGAUUCUGCAGCCACUGCAUCUUUCAACAAAGGGUGCCUAAAUCCCCCGAAAUGUUGACCUUUUAGUGACGUUUAUGUUGACUCAACGCUGAAAACUACCGCUGUUUAGAGAUGUUAUGAACACAAACAGUACAGAAAUGGCCUAAAAUUCUGUAAACAGAUCCUCUCCAACCCCAAAUUUGCUGAGCAUGGAGAGACGCUUGCAAUGAAGGGGCUAACGCUGAAUUGCCUGGGCAAAAAGGAAGAAGCCUACGACUUGGUGAGACGAGGCCUGCGCAAUGACCUCAAAAGUCACGUCUGUUGGCAUGUGUAUGGCUUGCUGCAGAGGUCGGACAAGAAAUAUGACGAAGCCAUCAAGUGUUACAGAAAUGCACUUAAGUGGGACAAAGACAAUCUCCAGAUUCUGAGGGACCUCUCCCUGCUGCAGAUUCAAAUGAGAGACCUUGAAGGUUAUAGGGAAACCAGGUACCAGUUGCUUCAGCUGCGACCUGCCCAGCGGGCCUCAUGGAUCGGCUAUGCGAUUGCUUAUCACCUGUUGGAAGAUUACGAGAUGGCUGCGAAAAUCUUGGAAGAAUUUAGGAAAACACAACAGACUUCACCUGAUAAAGUGGAUUAUGAAUACAGUGAGCUGCUGCUGUAUCAGAACCAAGUCCUCAGAGAGGCAGGCCUUUACAAAAAAGCACUGGAGCAUCUCACCACCUACGAGAAGCAGAUCUGUGACAAGCUGGCGGUGGAGGAAACUAAAGGUGAGCUGCUGCUGAAGCUGGACAGAAUGGAAGAGGCUACUGUAGUGUACCGGAGACUGCAGGAGAGAAACCCUGAGAACUGGUCGUACUACCAUGGCCUGGAGAAAGCCCUCAAGCCAGUCAGUGUGGAGGAGAAGCAAAAAAUCUACGAAGAAUCUUGGGUUAAAUAUCCUAAAGGACUGGUGCCUCGGAGACUGCCGUUAAACUUUUUAUCUGGUGAAAAAUUUAGGGAAUGCUUGGAUAAAUAUUUAAGAUUGAACUUCAGCAAAGGCUGCCCUCCUGUUUUUACAACGUUGAAGUCCUUGUACCAUGACAAAGAAAAGGUCUCUAUAAUCGAGGAAUUGGUAGUUGGCUAUGAAACUAAUUUAAAUAACUGCCGAAUGUUUAAUCCAAAUGAUGACGGUAAAGAAGAGCCCCCUACCACUCUGCUUUGGGUCCAGUACUUCUUGGCUCAACAUUUCGAUCAGAUCAGCCAGCAGUCCUUGGCACUAGAAUACAUCAAUGCUGCUAUUGAAAGUACACCCACUCUCAUAGAACUGUUUCUUGUCAAAGCCAAAAUAUACAAGCACGCUGGCAAUAUCAAGGAGGCGGUGAAGUGGAUGGACGAGGCCCAGGCCUUGGACACAGCUGACCGGUUCAUCAACUCCAAGUGCGCCAAGUACAUGCUGAAGGCCAACAUGAUCAAGGAGGCUGAGGAGAUGUGCUCCAAGUUUACCAGGGAAGGUGCCUCAGCAGUGGAGAACCUCAACGAGAUGCAGUGCAUGUGGUUCCAGACGGAGUGUGCGCUGGCCUAUGAGUCCAUGAACAAGUACGGGGAAGCACUCAAGAAGUGCCACGAGAUUGAAAGACAUUUUGUGGAGAUCACAGACGACCAGUUUGACUUCCACACGUACUGCAUGCGGAAGAUGACCCUGCGCUCUUACGUGGACCUGCUGAAGCUGGAGGAUGUGCUACGCAGGCACCCCUUCUACUUCAAAGCUGCCAGGACUGCCAUCGAGAUCUACCUGACCCUCCAUGACAAUCCGCUGACUGACGAGAACAAGGAGCUGGAGGCGGACACAGCGAACCUGUCUGACAAGGAGCUGAAGAAGCUGCGAAACAAGCAGCGGAGAGCACAGAAGAAGGCUCAGCUGGAGGAGGAGAAGAAGAACGCGGAGAAGGAAAAGCAGCUGAAGAACCAGAAGAAGAAGAAGGAGGACGAUGACGAAGAGAUCGGAGGACCCAAGGAAGAGCUCAUACCAGACAAACUAGCGAAGGUAGAAAAUCCACUUGAAGAAGCCAUUAAAUUCUUGACACCAUUGAAAAACCUAGUGAAAAAUAAAAUCGAGACUCACCUCCUCGCGUUUGAGAUCUACUUCAGAAAAGAGAAAUUUCUUCUGAUGCUGCAGUCAGUGAAGAGGGCUUUUGCUAUUGACCGCCACCACCCCUGGCUCCAUCAGUGCUUAGUUCGUUUCUUAAAAGCAGUGUCGGAGAACAAAGACUUGCCGGAGUCUGUACUUGCAGUCCUGAAGCAGGAAACGAAACGGUUGUUUGGGGAAACCUGUGCAAAAAGUUUUAAUGAAGCCUUCCUCAGAAAACACUCCAACUCGAUUCCUCACAGAGUAGCAGCUGCCAAAAUGAUGUACUACUUGGACAGCUCCACUGAGAAAAAGGCUAUAGAGCUAGCUACUGCACUUGACGAGUCCCUCAACAAUAGAAGCGUUAUGAUCUCCACAGAUGUGCUGGAAGGCCUAUGUAACGGAAGCCUGGGAAACGAUAAAGAAACUGCAGAGAUGUAUAGAGCAGACUGUCACAAGAUGUACCCUCACACACUGGCAUUCAUGCCCCCCGGCUAUGAGGAGAACAUGAAGAUCACUGUGAACGGAGACGCCUCUGCCGAGCCCGAGGAGAUUGGCAACGACAUGUGAAUGAGACGGGUCUCCUGUUCUCUCUCACCACGACCGAUAGAUUUCUUUUGUCAUGCACCUGCAGUACUGCGUUUGAAGUUUAUAUCGAGAUGAGGACUGUACGAUUGAUUGUGGUUAGGGGGUGGGGCUGGGGGAUAAAAAGAAAAAAAAGGCCAUUUUACAUUUUUUUAAUCCUGCUGACAACUUCUAAAUGAAAAUAAAAGAAAAACACCUACAAAUAUUCUCUGUAAACGAUUAAGUGUGUGACAGGUUAUUCUAAGAGGUAUUAUUGGUUCUGUUAAGUCAACCUUAUCGGCUUCCCAAGUUUUUAAACUAAUUUAUACAGAAAUUACAAUAUUAGAGGCUGUUACAAAUAACAGUAGGUGUGCGUGCCAAAAAUACUUCCAACUAAAUUGAAUCACCGUUUCUCUUGGAAUACUGCUGGAUUCUUAAUCGGAGCACAAACAGUUAAACACCAGGGUUUUGUUCAAGUUAAUUGCCAACCAAGUUAAAGGGACUACACAGAAGACCAUAGGAAAAAGACUGUUUACUGCAACUAGGGACACAAAUGUUUGUUACCUGCAGUAGGAUGGUAAAUGCACUGGCGUGCAUUGUUUUUAUGAUACAGCUGCAUCUUAGGAACAAUUUCAGUAUUCAGUAUAUUAAUGGAUUUCUUUGUUUUUUUUCUUGUUCCAGAAUCAAUAAUAAAAUGAAUUGUUGCAUAUAAUAUCGAUCUAUAAAUGUUAAAAACAAGCAUUUGUCCCCCAUACUAAAUUCUGAGAAUGCCCCUUAGAUUAAACUGCUAAAGACUGGAAUUGUUCUAUUCUUUUUCUUGAACAAGGAUCAGCAAUGAUGUCCCUUUGCAGGCUGUGCUAGUCAGAUGUAUGCAGCAGCAGUGAGCUGUAUUUAAAUCUAGAUACCUCUGGAUGUUUUCCACCAUGUAAGGUUUAUUUAUUUUUUCUUUUUUGGUUUUCUUUUUCUUUUUUUUUUUUUGUAAUACUUGAAGCCCUGUGUUUCUAAAGAGAAUAUGACUUGCUCAGCAGGUUCAGGCAAGCCCCAGACUUUGUACCUUUUCAGAAUGGGGGCCAAUUAUUUUUAUUUUUUUCAGAACCAGACUAGCUUCUUCUUUCAAUUGUAAAGUUACUACCCUCGUUGUCAAACACAUGAGGUACCAAAUAUACAAUGCAAUAAACUGUUUUGAAAAAGUA